AUGUAUCACAAGAGGAGGUUCCGGAGUCCUGAAGAGAUUCGUGAAUGGAAACGAAGGAGACGGUCCCCAAGCUGGGAACACAAUGAUAGAUAUAGACGUCAGGAGAAUCGAAGAUCACCACACAGGUCACGUUCCAGGGGGAAGGAAACAUAUUGGAGUAAGUCUUACAAGGGACGAUCGAGAGAAGUUAGUGUCACUGGCAGUCUGUCAUCUCAGAGUGAAAAUUACUUUAGACCAUCGUAUGCAGUAGGGAAGUCUAAGACUGGAAAACAUCAUAAUGGAGCCUCUCGCAGACGCCGUUCUAGGUCUAGGUCAGGCAGCUACUCCUCCUCGGUGAGUAUAGAGGACAUGGGUGAGUGA